AUGCAGGCGUCGACGCUUUUCACCCUAGCCAUCGUCACGUUGCUGUCUUUGGCGAAUCAAGCCUACGCUCAUGGUUGGCAAUGGUGCAUCGUGACCGUGUUUUACCAAGGCCGCAGCACUGGAGAGACGUUUCCAACAGCAAAGAAGGUGGGAAGAAAGUACGAGUUCCCUGGCGAGGGGAAAAGAUAUGCUCCCUACAAGUUCGUUUGCGACGACCAGUGCAAAUGUGUAUCGGCCGGUCGCCCUUUUCUCACUGGGAUGAGACUUGAAGGACAGGGCCAUGUCCCAAAGGCCAAGCACGAAUAA